CUCCUUUCUCUCUCUCACUCCGCCCGCCCAGCCACCGGCUUUGACCACCGGCGGCGGCGGCGUAGAGGGAGCGGCUAAAGGGGUUCUCCCCCGUCGGCGGCGGGCAAGAUGUUCGGGCGCGCGCCGAAGAAGAGCGACAACACCAAGUACUACGAGAUCCUCGGGGUGCCCAAGUCCGCCUCCCAGGACGACCUCAAGAAGGCCUACCGCAAGGCCGCCAUCAAGAACCACCCCGACAAGGGCGGCGACCCCGAGAAGUUCAAGGAGCUUGCACAAGCUUAUGAGGUGUUGAGUGAUCCUGAGAAGCGUGAAAUAUAUGAUCAAUAUGGUGAAGAUGCCCUCAAGGAAGGAAUGGGUGGAGGUGGAUCCCAUGCUGAUCCAUUUGACAUCUUCUCAUCGUUCUUUGGACCUUCUUUUGGUGGUGGUGGCAGCAGCAGGGGCAGAAGGCAAAGGAGGGGAGAGGACGUCAUCCAUCCCCUUAAGGUUUCUCUAGAAGAUCUUUACAAUGGUACCUCGAAAAAGCUCUCUCUUUCACGCAAUGUCCUCUGUGCCAAGUGCAAGGGCAAGGGUUCCAAGUCUGGUGCUUCCAUGAGGUGCCCAGGUUGCCAGGGUUCUGGCAUGAAAAUCACCAUUCGCCAGCUGGGGCCUUCUAUGAUACAGCAGAUGCAGCAGCCUUGCAAUGAGUGUAAAGGGACUGGAGAAAGCAUUAAUGAGAAGGAUCGCUGCCCAGGCUGCAAGGGCGAGAAGGUUAGUCAGGAGAAGAAGGUUCUGGAGGUUCAUGUUGAGAAGGGGAUGCAACACAACCAGAAGAUCACCUUCCCUGGUGAAGCCGAUGAGGCGCCUGAUACUGUUACUGGAGACAUUGUGUUCGUCCUCCAGCAGAAGGACCACUCGAAGUUCAAAAGGAAGGGUGAUGAUCUAUUUUACGAGCACACCCUAUCUCUGACUGAAGCUCUUUGUGGUUUCCAAUUUGUUCUGACACAUCUGGACAACAGACAGCUGCUCAUUAAAUCAAACCCUGGCGAAGUUGUUAAGCCUGACCAAUUCAAGGCAAUAAACGAUGAGGGGAUGCCAAUGUACCAGAGGCCUUUCAUGAAGGGGAAGCUCUACAUCCAUUUCACGGUGGAGUUCCCUGAUUCGUUGGCGCCUGAACAAUGCAAGGCCCUUGAGGCAGUGCUUCCAGCGAAGCCUGCAUCCCAGCUGACAGAAAUGGAGAUAGAUGAAUGCGAGGAGACUACCAUGCACGAUGUCAGCAACAUCGAGGAAGAGAUGCGCAGGAAAGCCCAAGCUGCUCAGGAGGCGUAUGACGAGGACGAUGAGAUGCCUGGAGGUGCCCAGAGAGUGCAGUGCGCACAACAGUAAGUAAGCAGAGUAUACCAUCUAGGAACUUGUCAGUGGUGCACAAAUCAACACCGUUGCAAGAUUUGCAGUAGAUUUUUGGACCCAAGAUGAUCAUGCUCCGUUUUUCGUUAUGGCAAACUUGAAGAUAGCGAAGCUGAUUUACACCCCUUAAGCCGGGACUGUAUCCCCUCUACUUUUGCGUCUUAAAAAUGCUACCGUUACUAUGAUGUGAGACUCGUAGUGUUACCCCCAAAAAAUAGUUUGGCAUGUUGUGAAUGUUUCAACUGACACUGCCACGACUGCAGUGGCUCUACAUUUUUUGUGCUCAUAUAGAUGGCUUUGCCGUUCUGCAUCAAAAUAUGUCUUCAAUUGCUGUCA